CAUAAUGAAGCGGAUGUUGGCCGCACAAUGCGCGGAGCGUUUUCACUUCCUAUACACAUCAUCUUCAGAGCUGCUCGUCUUGAAAGUGGAAUAGCGAUAACUGUUUCUAGUCUUACUCUGAACGUUGGCGGAUAUGUUCGGAUAAGACAAUUAAAAAUAUAUAGGCUACCAGUUUUUCAUCGCAGCAAAAAAUAUAUAUUCUGAUCGGUUCUGUCUGUCGUCUCAACGAGAGGCUGUACUGGACCGUUACUUUGAAUCUGGGUAGAUCUCCUUGACAACAGGCCAUGAUGUCUGCCCCAGCGUCACACGCCGACUGCAAUUCUGCCACUGAAAGUUGCUGUUGACAGUUUCAUGGACGCACAGGACUGUAUCUCUCUCAAUUCACCUACAGUGCGUGAAGAACGUAAACAGCCUUAGAAGCACUUACUUUAGCCAGACCAUGGCCUCUCCUACCUUCCUGUGAGUUUUCUCGUGACUCCGGACUCCGUUUCUAUUCAAAUAAAGGAGACCCCCCACCCCUUCCACCGCAGAGAUGAACGGCAUGACAGAAACCUCAGUCAAGUGCGUACUGGUGGGAGAUUCAGCGGUCGGAAAGACAGCCCUCCUGGUUCGGUUCACCUCGGAGACUUUCCCGGAUAGCUACAAGCCCACGGUUUACGAGAACACGGGCGUGGAAGUCUUCAUGGACGGCGUGCAGAUCAGCCUGGGCCUGUGGGACACGGCAGGCAAUGACACCUUCCGGCAAAUCCGGCCGAUGUCCUACCAGCAGGCCGACGUGGUGUUGCUCUGCUACUCGGUGGCCAACUUAAGCUCGUACGCCAGCGUUCGUAAUAAGUGGAUCGGUGAGGUGCGAGCUCACCUACCCAGCAUUCCCGUACUGGUGGUGGCCAUGCAGACCGACCAGCGGGAAAUGGGCCCACAGCGGGGGAACUGCGUCACCGCCAUGGAGGGCAAGCGGUUGGCGCGGGACAUACGGGCGAAGGGUUAUCUGGAGUGCUCGGCGAUAAGCAACCGCGGGAUCCAACAGGUGUUCGAGUGCGCCGUGCGGACGGCCAUCAAUCAGGCCAAGAAGCAGAACCGCCGGCCGCUGUUUAACAUCAAUCAGUGCAAGAUCGUUUAGCUGCUGGCCAUUUUGUCUAUGUCGUAUCGAAUGGUUUUCCAUUUCUCGAAGACCACAGGCUAGCGACAUAUUUUCAGAAUGUGGUGGACACCUGUGCUCAGACUUGGGAUUCUUAAUUGUAAUUUUGACCUGUUUUCUGUUGUGGCUUGACGGUGACCAUUUAAGUUCUUUGGAAGUUUUGUUCGCCGUUUACAGUGAAACACGGUCAAAGGAACGCCUGUUUUUUUAAAAGCAAUGUGCCUUGUGUGUGUGUGUGUGUGUGUGGGGGGGGGGGAACCCCUCAAAUCUUUAUUCGCUAAAGUAUGGAUGAACAGUUUAAUACAGGAUGUCAAUGAUAUGGAAAUCAAGGCAACACCUAUCAGCAAACUAAAUGUCAUUUAACGAAACAUCGUUUUUGUCACACACCUCCAGUGUGAUUAUCAGUGCAGAAAUUCAGACUUUUUUCCCAUUUUUUUCAUUCCUAUAAAUGUAUACAGUUAAAAGGCAUAUAAAAUGGUCUUGGUAUUUCUCCAAAGGAGAGCUGACACUUUUUUGUGUUGACACGUUGUCUAUAAGUGAUGACUAGGCUAUAGAUUUUGUGUGUUUUGAGUAGUACGACAAGUGUAAAUAUAAACAGCAUGGUAAAUAAACACAGAAUGAAUUAAGGACAGACGGCACAUGUCAGGAUUUUGGUAAAUGGUGCUUUAGGUGUUUUUCUUUAUGUCCCAAAGAGAGAGGAAGAGACGCUUCAAAAGUUAGACCAAAUUAGACCAAUGUCAGAUUUUUUGAUGUACAUAUAGAUAUUAUACAUACAUUCUGCAUGUCAACAAACGAAGUAAAAUAAAUAUUUUCCACAUUGUUUUAAAAAACCUCCAAAUUCUCGACUGAGAAGUUCUUAAAGUCACUAAUGAAUAAGCGUGGGUCCUCUGCUGUAAAAAUAGUUCAUUAAUAUUACAUGGUAGUUUUCUCACAUUUUGGGGUCUUUUUGGGCAUGAAGUUAUACAUCAUUGUCAUAAUACUGAAUACGCUCUGAAAACAGUUAGGGGCAGAAAUGUUCAUAUUGUACAUAUAUAAAAUAACCAUGAUCACUUUGAUAUGCAUAGAUAUUAUAAUUUCUAUGUCAGUUAUUGUUUUGCCCCCUGUGAAGCCUUUCUGGAUUUUUUAAGUUAAUUUUUAAAAAUAAAAUGUUCAUAUUAGGAAACGGCUCUAGUGUAGCUGUUUAACCUGGUGAUCAAGGGCAGCGAUGUUCUCAUGCCAUCUGAUUCCAGUUUGCGAAUAACAGUAUGUAGUAUUUAAACUGUAUAACGUGUAUUUUUUUUUUUACCCCUUGAAUAGACAUGUUAUUUCAGUUAAUUAACUGGUAAAACCAAAAAUAAGAUUCGGGACACAUCUGGGCCAGGCAGGCGUUAAGUGAAAAGUGUUAAGUGAAACAUCUGAACAAACAGCUAUGGACCCAAAGGGGAAAUUCGCUGCCAGACUGAAACGUCUUUAAGCGUGACUGAUGUUUCAGAACGGCGAACACUAAGGUCCACAGAAAGUGAGAGAGUUUACCAUGUACCUGUGUUGCGUGUAACUCAGUUGUGUAAGGGAAUUUUCUUUUUCCUCACUCUUUUGAAAAGUAUCUCUUAUGUGUGAUGAAAUGCUAAUAAAUUCUAAGCAGCGGAAAUAGCGUUAA